AUGUCUUCCAACAAAACCAACGAUGAACCACCCAGUCCUCCUCAAUCCUCCUCCUUCGCCAAAGUCCCUCCUGAGAUCUUGCUGGAGAUCUGUAAGCACAUGGAUCCACCGUCGCUUGCGAGAUUUUCGCAAACAUGCAAGUAUAUGGACUUUCAACUUUGUGUCGAACGAAAGAAAGCUGCAAAGCAGUACGCUCUACCUACCCCGGAGGAGUACGAGCGUGCGCGUCACCGCUGGGACGAGGCUUGCCGACCUGUGGAGCACAUGGCAAAGGCCGUGCGAGAUGGGUUUCGCUCUCUGCUUGGCCUGGCAAUCUACAAGAAGCAAGUUGAUAUCGUCCAUCUUUUACUGAGGUAUGGCGCCGAUCCCGAACUGCCUCAGUUCGAUCCUCCUCGCAGCAGCAUCUCUCACUUGUACUCCGCUGCAGUGGCUUAUCUGUUGCUGCGGUUCGGCGCAAAGAUCAACCUGAUGCGCGAAUUCUCCGCCAUGAUCGGCGGCCGCCUCCCUACGAGCAUGCUCGAUCUGGCGAUUCUCAACGGCUCAGACCUUCCUGGCCUCACUGCCAACCACAGCACGGUGCUCCAUAUCGCAAUCGACAACCGCUACGACGACUACUCGUAUUUCCUCCUGCGCAAGUUCCCCGAACUCGUGGAGGAGACUGACAACACCGGCUCGACUGCCCUGACCCACGCGCUUCUGCACAGCAACAAGCCACUCGCGCUGGAACUCAUCCGUCACAACGCACCUGUGGGACAUGUCGACGCGUGGGGCGUUAGCGAUAUGUGGCUGGCGGUCAACAAGGGGUAUUACUCCGUCGUCCAAGAGAUGUUGGCCAGAUGGGAUGGCCCUUCCGGUUCCCUUGGAAUGAAUCCUCUUCAGAGCGCUAUCACGAUAAAACAGUUUGAGAUCGCCGCGCUGCUGGUUGAACACCCGUCUUUCCAGACCCGCGAGCACAUCCGCUUGGCGGUUGCUUGUUUGUCUGCGUGCCCUGAGGAGCAAGCUCAGAUGUUGGCCCAAGCGUUGAGAAUUAGGUUCCCUGGAUUCUGCCUCUGGACACGACCUGUUAUCUGA